UAUCCCGCGGUUUUGCUUGCAACGAGCCACUGCCGCCAUGACGACGCACCGGGCGCAGCUCCGCGCCGCGGUGCGCGACCUAUCGGACCGCGGCCUCAAGUGCUCCGCCAAGUGGGCCGCGGAGCAGCUGGUCGGCCUCGCGGGCGGCCCUCUCGAUGACGAGGCGGGCACGUCGGACGCGCCGAUGUCGCCGGCGGAGGAGGUUGGAUCGCGGGAGGAGGAGGACCAGCUGCUGCUCGCCAAGGCCUACUUCGACCUCAACGAGUUCAAGCGCGCCGCGCACGCACUCCGCGUGGCGCGCGGCGCCUCUGGCCGCUUCCUUCGCUGGUACAGCCUCUUCCUCGCAGGCCAGAAGCGGCAGGCGGAGGAGGAGGCGGAGGAGCGGUCGGGCGGUGCAGGCGCGCCGGGCUCGCUGCUCGGCAAGCCGCGCGCGAGCAACCAGCACCUCCCUCUCCUCAACGCGGAGCUGACUGCUGCGCGCGAGAGCGAAGGCCUCGACGGCUUCGGGCACUACCUCCAUGGCAUCGUCCUCCGCGAGCUCGCCCAGCCCGCUCUCGCGCGCGAGGCCCUCCUCCGAGCCGUCUCGGCCUACCCGUGCCUCUGGUCCGCGUGGACGGCGCUCUCCUCGCUGAGCGGCGCAGACGAGGCGCCGCUCGAGCUCCCGGACACGUGGGUCGCCUCCUUCUUCCUCGCGCACCAGGCGACGGAGGCGCACGACAGCGCGCGCGCGGUGUCGCUCUACGAGUCGCUCCUUGUGCAGUGGCCUCGCUCGCUGCAUGAGCUGCUGGCCGAGGACCCGUACCGGCUGGACGGGGUCGACACGUACUCGAACAUCCUGUACGUGCGCGAGGAGAAGCGGAAGCUGUCCGCCCUCGCUCACUCGUGCGUCUCGACCGACAAGUACCGCCCCGAGGCGUGCUGCGUGGUCGGAAACUACUACUCGCUCAAGGGUGCGCACGAGAAGGCGGUCCUGUACUUCCGCCGCGCCCUCAAGCUCGACGCGAACUUCCUCUCCGCCUGGACGCUGAUGGGGCACGAGUAUGUCGAGCUCAAGAACACCGCCGCCGCCGUCGACGCCUACCGGCGUGCGGUCGAGAUCGACGCCAAGGACUACCGCGCGUGGUACGGGCUCGGGCAGACGUACGAGAUCCUCGCGAUGCCCUUCUACGCCCUCUUCUACUACCGCAAGGCGACGGCGCUGCGCCCGUACGACUCGCGCAUGUGGUGCGCCAUGGCGGGCUGCUACAAGCAGCUGCACCGCAGGGGCGAGGCGAUCCAGUGCUACCACCGCGCCGAGAAGAAUGACGACCGGGAGGGCAUCGCCUUCACCGAGCUCGCGAGGCUGUACCGCGAGAAUGGCGAGGACGCGCAGGCGGCGGGCUACGGCUCAGCCGACUGCCGGGACAUGUCCAUGCACAUGUCCAUGACGCGUCCGGGACAUGUGCCGCAGGCGGCGGGCUACUACGAGCGGAUGGUUGCGCAGCGCGAGGCGCACGGCGAGGCUGUGGGCAAGGAGCUGAGCGAGGCGCGCGCGCUCUUCUUCCUCUGCACCCACAAGAAGAGCACGGGCGACCUCGACGCCGCGCAGACCAUCGGCCAGCGCCUGCUCGACCUCGGUGGCCCCGAGAAGGACCAGGUCAAGGCGUUGCUGCGCGACAUCCAGAGCCAAAGAAAGGCGGGCAGCGGCGGCGGGCCGCCGGUAUGAGGGGAGGCGUAGCGCCGGCGAGCGAAGGGAAGAGGCGGAGGAAGGCGGGAGGCGGACCUUGCGUUCAGCUCUCACGUGUCGAGCGCGUAUGCUCUAUCCCGCAGUUCCCGCACCCCUGGCCUUGUUCGCCGCUUGGUCUCCUCUAGUGCCGGUCCCGGUUACAGGUACACGUCUCUUUCUCGAGCUUCGUUCGAGCUCUGUUUCAGUAUGUUACAGGUUACAGCCGGUCCCAGGUUGAA